UGUCUGUCAAAGAUUUGACAAUUUGUGUGUUUCUUCCUCUUCUCUCUUUUCUUUUUUACCCGAGCAUCGAAAUGGGUCGUGUAAUUCGUGCACAGCGUAAGGGCGCCGGUUCCGUCUUCAAGGCGCACGUCAAGAAGCGCAAGGGAGCCGCCAAGCUGCGCUCUCUGGACUUUGCCGAGCGCUCUGGCUACAUUCGUGGCGUCGUCAAGGACAUCAUUCACGAUCCUGGUCGUGGUGCUCCUUUGGCCGUCGUUCACUUCCGCGAUCCCUAUCGCUACAAGAUCCGCAAGGAGUUGUUCAUCGCCCCCGAGGGCAUGCACACCGGCCAGUUCGUCUACUGUGGUCGCAAGGCCACUCUUCAGAUUGGCAACGUGAUGCCUCUGAGCCAGAUGCCCGAGGGUACCAUUGUCUGUAAUCUGGAGGAGAAGACCGGUGACCGUGGCCGUUUGGCGCGCACUUCGGGCAACUAUGCCACUGUGAUUGCCCACAAUCAGGAUACGAAGAAGACCCGUGUCAAGCUGCCGUCGGGCGCCAAGAAGGUGGUGCCAUCGGCCAAUCGCGCCAUGGUCGGUAUCGUUGCCGGCGGCGGUCGCAUUGACAAGCCCAUCCUCAAGGCCGGUCGUGCCUACCACAAGUACAAGGUGAAACGCAACAGCUGGCCAAAGGUGCGUGGUGUUGCCAUGAAUCCCGUUGAGCAUCCCCACGGUGGUGGUAACCAUCAACAUAUUGGCAAGGCCUCUACAGUCAAGCGUGGCACGUCUGCCGGUCGCAAGGUCGGUCUCAUUGCUGCCCGUCGUACUGGUAGGAUUCGUGGUGGCAAGGGCGAUGCCAAGGACAAAUAAGCAUCGGGGAAGUGGAACUAGUUCCGUCUGAUAUCGGUAAAAUUGUGCUAAUUGUAUAUGGAAAUGCUGUAUGUGGUCAACAUGCAAUUGACGCGACGGAAUAAAAAAUUAUUUCUAAACAAA